GAUUCAUCUUCACCGACUAGUUACGCUCCCAGUGAGAACGGUGUGCGUUUGAGUCUGCAGCUGCGUACGUGUGUGUUGGUGUAUGUCUGCGAGAUGGUCCCAGGCCAGCCCUCUGCAAAGCGUAGGAUCCACCUUUUUUUCAGAAAAAUCCUGCCGCCCACACUGCAAAGGGUGCCUGUGUGAGCAGCCCCUCCAGAGCCCCCCAGUCAGGGAAGGGAGCCCCAUUCAAACAUUACCCUCCACUGGAGCUCGGAGCGUCUGCAUGCUGUACGCACUCGCAGCCUGCUGGAGAACGGCGCGCUGAGCUCUUCUCAGAGCAUCUACAGAGCUGAUUCAGUUCUCUGACCAACCAUCCCCACCCACAGCCGAGGGGGUUACGAGCAGCCCUAGACCCUGAGCCACUGCGCCUUCAACUGCGCCGAUCACUCUGUGAAGGAUCCAAAACACACCUUAGCUCCUGCAAAUACAGGAACUAUGAAAUCUUUUCUGAUUGGAUUAGUUUGUCAUCUCACCUUUGCAUGGGCAUCAGCCUAUUUGCCUGAAGGUGCAAUGGAUCAGCGGUCAGCCUUCUCUGUUGCUCGAACAUCCAGCAUGGAAGGGGGUCCCAAGAUGGUGGUGACCUUCGACAAAGUCUAUGUCAACAUUGGCCAUGACUUUGACCCCAAGACUGGCAUUUUUCGCUGCCGCAUCCCUGGGGCUUACUACUUCUCCUUCACUGUCGGUAAGUUCCCACAUAAAGAUCUAUCGGUGAUGCUGAUGAAGAACAAGAAUGAGGUGCAGGUGAUCAUUUAUGAUGAAAACUACGGCGAGGAACGCAAGGUGCAAAGCCAGAGUGCCAUGUUGCAGCUUGACUUCGGUGACACCGUCUGGCUCCGACUGCAUGGGGACCCCAAGUACGCUAUCUACAGUAACACCGGGCACUACACCACCUUUAAUGGCUACCUGAUCUACCCGGACACCUACCCCUAUCAGAAGCCCAGCCAUCAAGACACCUUCCACAGCUAUGGCAAGGAAGAAGGCCACAACAGGGCAUUUUCUGAUCACAUGCAGUCUGACCAAACCAUCCACAGAGCUGAGGAGGAGGAGGAGGGAGGGGAGCAGGAUGAAGAUGACAUUCGAUCGGCUUUUUCUGUGGCCCGCAGUCAGAGCAUCGUUGGAGUGAACAUGGACAUUGUCAGACACCUGCCCAUUACCUUUGACACGGAGUUUGUCAACAUUGGCGAGGACUUCAAUGUGUCCAGUGGCAUGUUCACCUGUCGCAUCCCAGGUACUUACUACUUCUCCUUCAAUAUCGGCAAGCUGCCCCACAAGAUCAUGUCUGUCAAGCUAAUGAAGAACCACCUGGAGGUCCAGGCCAUGAUCUACAAUGAUGGUGAUGGCAAGAAGGCCCUGCAGAGUCAGAGCCUGAUGCUGCCAUUGCAACGUGGUGACACCGUCUGGCUUUUUAGUCACCAGCACGACGGCUACGGGGCCUACAGCAACCAUGGGAAGUACAUUACCUUCACCGGUUUUUUGGUCUACCCUGAGCUUCCCAAGCACAGACCACAGUGGAUCAAGAAGCCUGACAAAGACAUAUGAUAGUCCCUGAACUUUCACAUCCAGUUUUUUUAAAGGAAUGAAUGCCUCUUUAAGGAAUGCAUCAUUGUCUGAUUUAUUUUGCGUUGCAUGGAGUUUGAGUUGUCCUUUUCCUUCACUUAGAAGGCACGUAAAAAGAUUUGGCUGCCCUCACCAUUCUGUUAUAAAUGUCAGAUUGCCUUCUCGAUCUGGAGAGACCUUUCCCAUGGUGCAUCCAUAAAGCUGACAGUGGAGAAGAAAUAACAUGCAUUUUGGACAGUAAAAAAAUUAAAGAUCUUUCAGCCUGUGCUUUCUCGCAUGUCUUUCAUGCUGCUUCAUUUUCAUCCAAAAUUCUAGAAUGCUUUUAACCUCCAGCACAAAACCUUAUGUUUCCAGGAGGUGCUUCAGUUUUUUCUUUUCCUUUGUCUGUGUGAACUAUUGAAGUACUGACUGUUCCAACAUCCAAAGCACUAAAUUUUCAGCACAAAUGCAGGAUCUUUAAUGCCAAACCUAAAUCCAUUUUAAAAUGUCAUGUUGCACUAAAUUGAAACAGAAAUCUAUUUAUUUAAAUAGACUGAGCUAUCAUGAUUGGUGUGUAAUUAGACCUGAACGCUGAAAGAAAACUAAUGAUGGACCAAUAUGUUAUUUCAGCUCACCUGUGUUGUGCAGUCAGUGAGAUGAAUAAAGGCAGAAAGCAGGACAAAAUAGUUUGUUCAUGUCUUUAAUAUAUUAGAUAUAUUGCAAGCAUAUUUUCCUGAUUUUCUGCAUGCUGAUAUAUUUGAAGCUUGUACAGUGCAAAAAAAUGACAAGGAAAAAAAUAAAAGAAUAAAACUGUAGCAGUUGUAACUAGUGUAACAUGUUUACAGUUUGUAGCUAUUUCUAUUAUUUCACCCAGAGGUGAACAUUUGUUUUAUAAGGUAUGUGAUAUUUUGGUAAACUGUAUGUUAAUUUGUGGUUAUAAAAAUGGAAAGAUGACAGUCACAAGGUUGUAUUUUAGUAACUGAUCCUGGAUUUGUCCUCUUAUGUACAGUGUAAUACUUUCUAACCAUCAAAGGUUACAUUAAAAAUGUAUGCUUUGGUGAAAAAUGCUUGACAUUUGCAAACGUAAUAAACUGAUAUCAGACUAAAACCUGAGGACUGUCUAGGAGUGUUUUCCAAUCACAUCACUGCUGGGGUACUGAUCCUCAUGUUUUGGACCUUUAACUACAUGGGUCUCAUUCCUUAUUUCCCACCAUUCCAAAUUAGAACAUCAUAAGAUUUCCGGUGAAAGGACACAUCCACAAGCACGAGAGAAAUAUAGUCUUUUCCUUCAGGAAGUUUGUGGUGCCGAUCGUAGAACGUGUACUUAAGAGUAACAGCAGUUUCAGCAAGAAAACUUUUGACAUCCUGAAAGGCAUAUGUAGUUUAAACUGUUGGCAAAAAAUAUGGUUUUGGGAUCUAUAGCAUACAAUUCACUGGCGCUUUAACAAUGGAAGGUAGUAGCACUUCACUGUAAAUAUCCUAGAAAUACUAAGUUCAACUAAUGGUAUGUUACUAAUACUAAUAUGUACUGAUGUGUCUGUACAUCAUUUACAUUUAGAUUUGACACAUUAUCUUUUUGUAUUGCUUUUACAUUUAGCUGACAUA